AUGGAUGUAUCUUAUGAUUUCAUCAUCGUCAGCCGGCAAAUGCAAAAUGUUGUGAUCAUUUUAAGUAGCGCAGACCAACAUGCAACUUCUAGUCAGUCAGUCGUCAGUCGAUCGGCACAUCAGCUGGUCAACAGUCCUCUCUGUGGUAGCCUUCGACAGGGCCGUUAUCACGUUCACAGUUGCAUACUUAGUGGGUCAGACAGCCAAGCGGUCGGUCGGUCAGCCUACUCCCUGCUGGCCACCGGCUACUCUGUCAUCUUGGACAGUAGCGCAGCCUGCAUGUUGAGCAGUCCACCGCCCUGCGCGAUGGUCACACCGUCCAACAGUUUGUUCAACUCCUUGGCAUUGCGAAUGCCCAACUGCAGUGAUCGAAAUCUCGCGGACUCCUUUUACACGCAGCAGCCAGUUGAAGUGGUAGUACGAGCAGCAGUAGCAGCAGCAGCAACAGCGAGUGAAGCCAGUGUUCAUCGCGUUGUCUAUGAUCGAAGAGAAGGAAAGAGCGGGCUCGACACACUUCAGCGUGAUGCACCUGACGCCCUGACCCGCAUUAACACUACGAACGCGACGACAUCAAAAGCAGUGACACAACAUCCCCGCAUCAUGGAGCAGCUGCAACCCCAAUGCCAGCAACCUACAAAAUAA